UUGAUUUUGUGCGCUAGUAGUGAAGGAAGAGCAAAAUGGCGGAACUCGAAGACGUUACCUUGGAUGGAAAACCACUUAAUUCCCUUCGUGUGGCAGAUUUGAAAACUGCUUUGGAGAAAAGGGGGCUACCAAAAAGCGGUCAGAAAAAUGCACUUGUCAAGCGACUUAAGGGGGCUCUCAUGUUGGAGAACCUACAGAAGACAUCUACCCCUCAUAUUGGGCUGCAGCCCAACUCGCAGAUUGGUGCGGAGAUGAGUCAGAACAGUUUCAUACAACAGUAUCUGGCAAAGCAACAGGAACUGCUUCGACAGAGACUAGAGAGGGAGGCCAAUGAUGCUGUUGACAAAGAAGCAGGCAUGGACAGCCUUGCAGGUGGUGAGGAAGAGGACAACGCUGAGGCCAAUGACAACUCCUCCUAUCGACCAGAGCAUAGUGUCAUACCCACCCGGCCCUCGCUAAUGGAACCGCAGGAGGAGAAAGGACUGGACCGCGAUGGUCCGCCGCGUGCGGUGGCGUCCCUCUCCGUCCGCGUGGUGGGCGAACCCGAACGCCAAGGCCCCGCCGUGCACAUGCCCCAGCUCCAGGAGAGCCAGAGCGCACCCUACGCCGCGGCCGGGUCCGCCCCGUCAGUGCUCCAGCACAGUCGCUUCGCUCACCAAGCGGUCAGCCAGUCUAUCCAGGUGGACAGCGACGACGAUGACGACGACGACGAGAGCGAGGAAGAGGAGGAGUGGGGACCUGCGGCCGGGAAGAGGGGCGGCGGCGGCGGCGGUGGUCGGAAAGCUGCUGCCGCGGCAGCGGCUGCGCAGUUUCUCCCGACCCCGCAGAGAUCCCGGCGUAAGCUCCAGCCGCCUCAGCACAUUCCCCCUCAGCCAGCGAUCCAGCCUCCGCUUCAGCUUCGCCAGCCCACCCCUCCACCCUCGCCUCCCCUGGAGCUGUCCUUCCCCUUACCGGACACCCCCAAGCAGAGUCCACCCGACCUGAACCAAGCAGGCGUGGCUGCGGCCGAGGCUCCACCUGCCGGCCUCCAGAGACAAGACUCCAGCUCCAGCUCUCGCUCCAGCAGCCCCGAGCCCCCCGCCAAACUUGGCCGUGGACCCCUCAGCCUGCUGGUCCGCAAGAUGGAGUCAGAGGGGGCGUCGUUUGAGGGGGCGUUCGAGGAGGAAAGUGCAGCGGCAGCAGCGGCGGCGAUGGCGGCAGCAGCAGCAGCGGCAGCUCAGAGUCAGAAGGAAGGAGCACCUGCCGCUGCUCCGGGUGUAAUGAUGUUCCAUGGAGCUGCUCACAGCAGUGGAGAUCAGAUGGUUUCUCCUGGUGCCCAACCUGUCUCCCUCCCCCAUGGGUCAGAUGCUGUAUCCAUCAUCACCUUCAGCUCUGGGGCCCCAACAAGAGGUGUCAUCACCACUAUGGCCGAAAGGGAGAAGACCGAACACAUGCAAGGUCCUUCGGAAGAGGAGAAGAGGAAAAAGGAGAACGAAGAAGCAGCCAAGGCAGACAAAGACAAACCCGAAGACUCUCGCGGUCAGCAGACCUCCUCGACGACCUUCCUGCCUCUCUUUGACGUUUCUGCCAUCGCCUUCCCUCCUGGGACCACCGCGUCUUCUCCUCCCCCUGCGAGCAAGAGACGCACCUUCUCCGACGCCCCGCCAUCGAAGGGUCUCUUGUCGCCCACCAAAUCAGAGCCCGCGCACUCCGACAAGGCGGCCAGUCCUCAGCCCCCGGCUGUCCACAGGGGCAGCAUCCUCUUCACCAGCCACCAGCAAACUGCCCAACCGCCCGCCGCCGAGGGCACCGCAGACGCCGAGAUGCCCAAACAAGCGGACCGACGCCAGGCGUCAUCGGAGGGCACGGCCCAGGCCGCGUCUCUCCUGCCACCCUCACCCCCGCCAGACGACACGGAGGCCGAAAGGAGAGGCCGUGGAAAGGAGCAGGCUAGCAAGCGUCGCUCUUCUGCCUCCAGCGACUCCUCGUCCUCCGACUCGGACUCCUCCGGGUCGUCCGACUCCCAGGAUAAGUCCUCUUCCGUGAGCCAGAAAAAGGGAAAACAAGACCAGCGAAGAUCUGAUGGCAAAGGCGAUGGAAGUGAAAACACUCACAGGGAGGUGAAAGAGUCUGCCCUCUCCGAGUCAGCAGAUCCGGCUGCCGUGGAGAUGAUGGAGGGGGUUCUUGAUCGCCCAGGGCCGCAGGGUCAGACAGACACUCAGGCUGAGCCAGAACCUAAUGAGGAGUUCUCAGACAAGAGCGCCUCAGCAAAAGGACUUCCGACGCGAAAGAUCUCGCUGAGUACCAGCAAGUCUCCAGGUGGUGCAGAAAGUGCUUCUGCGGAGACCGAUUCGUCAGGUGGGGCGAACCGGAAGAGGCGAUGGGGCUCCAGCACGUCCGUCACGGCCAAGAAACCGUCGAUCAGCAUCACCACCGACUCCCUGAAGUCCCUGAUACCGGACAUCAAGACCUCGGAGGAGGCCGUGGUGGAGCUGCACCCAGAGGACGCAUGUCUCUCAGGGGAGGAGGAGAGCACUGAACACCAGGACAGAGAGCCUGACAGGGACUUGAAAAUCCGGCGUACUGUUACACAGGUUGUCUCAGAAGACAAGGAGAACGGACAGACUGAACUAGAUGAGGAAGAAGACGAGGAAGACGAGGGAGCCAAGGGGAACGAGAGGAAACGAGCCCGUCUAGACGACGGGGCUGAGAUUUCAUUGGACGGCAUGGAGAAGCAUGGCGGCUUUUUAAACCAAGACACAGAAGCCAAGAAGGUGUCUCCCAGCGACUCCGUGACCCGCCGCUCCUUCAGCAAGUCAGGCGUGUCCAUCACCAUCGACGACCCUGUCCAAGUCAGCAAACAGCCGUCGCCACCGCGCGGCAAGAUAUCCAAGAUUGUCCACGUCCGAAACCUGGUGCGCCCCUUCACACUCGGGCAGCUGAAAGAGCUGCUUGGCCGCACGGGCACCAUGGUGGAGGAGGGCUUUUGGAUCGACAAGAUCAAAUCCCACUGUUAUGUCACUUAUGCGACCACGGAGGAGGCGGUGGAAACCCGCACUGCCCUGCAUGGUGUGAAGUGGCCCCUCAGUAACCCCAAAGUGCUCAACGUGGACUUCUGUGAGCAGGACGAGUUGGACUUCCAUAAGGGUCUGAAGCCAGACUGGACUCCCGAGGGCAGCGCUCCGCAGCAGGCCUCCGGGCCUGGAGCCGGUGCCCGCGCCGCCGGGCCGCCGCCGCUCAUGGGCAACCUGGAGCGGGGCCAGGCGGGCCCGGGCAGCGCGCGCGACCAGUGGGCCGAGCGCGAGCGCGAGAUGCAGCGGCGCGAGCGGACGCGCUCCGAGCGCGAGUGGGACCGCGACAAAGUGCGGGAGUUCGGCAAAGCGGGAGGAGAGGAGCGAGACGGCAGGCGAUCGCGUUCCCGCGAACGCCGGCGGAGAGAGCGGGGAAAGAGCCAGGAGAGGAAGACGGAGAAAAAGGAGGAGGAGAAGAAGACAGCAGAGGAACCUCCUGCCAAACUGCUGGAUGAUCUGUUCCACAAAACCAAAGCAGCACCCUGCAUAUACUGGCUCCCUCUCUCGGAUGAACAGUCCUUGCACAGGGAUCAACAGCGUGUUGAGCGCAGGAAGGAGCGAGAGAGGAGGCAGAAAGAGAUGGAGGAGGAAGAGAAGAAGCAACAGGAGGAGAAGAAGGACCGGGGGACCCAGGGCCGAAACAAAGAUGGAGGAGGAGGAGGAGGAGGAGGAGGAAGUGGGCCAGCUACAGCUCCGACCAUCGCCGCAGGCGCCGCCGCCAGCCGGCCAGGAGAGCGAGACCGCCCGGGAGACCGGCCAGGAGAUCGGCCAGGAGAUCGGGACCGUCUGGGAGAUCGAGAUCGCCCGCGAGAUAGGGAGAGGGGAGAUCGGGAAAGGGAUCGGGAACGGGAGCGAGAUUCCGAGCGUGACCGAGGCCGCGACAGCCGCGAUGGCCGCGAUGGCCGUGAUGGCCGGGACGGCGACCGGAGGAGGGAUUCCUACCGAAGCCAAGGAGCAGAGCCCAGGCGGUCCGGGGGCGCCGGGGCAAGUCGCCGCUCUCGCAGCCGCAGCAACCCCUCCAGAGACAGACGGCACUGAGCUCUCUCUGUGUGUGUGUGUGUGUGUGUGUGUGUGUGUGUGUGUGUGUGUGUGUUUGUACAGAUGUGCACGCCUGCCUGUGUGUGUGUGUGUGUGCGUGUGUAUGUAUGUGUGUGUAAUAGUGGGGGGAAAACACUGUCCCCAGACACUGAAGAAAAUACUUACUGUAUCCCAGGUCCCCUUUCCCCCAUCCUUCCAUCCCAGUUACACACUGUCUACUCGCCACUCACUCUUUGUUAGUGUACACUGUCACUUGUUGAAGGUUUGUGUCCCCAUCUACUUGCUAAGCUGUAGCCCAUCCUCAGGAACCGCCUGCCCUCUUCUCAAAGGACUCGUCCCGUCACAGUUCUGCCAGUGAAGGUCUUAGAGGCCGCCCCCUCCCCCCCCUUUUUCUUUUUUUAAUUACGUUGCUGUUGCUGUAUGUAAUGUUGGCUUGAUGCUGUGUGUAUGUAUUGGUUGGUUAUUCUCCCCCCGUCCCCGUCCCCGUCCCCCCACAACAAUUCUUCCUUUAUUAUGUAUUCAAAGAGCACUGGGGUUGGGAUUUAAAUAUUAUAGAAGCAGUUUGGAGGUUCGGGAUGGGGUCUUGAAGGGAAGGUUCUAGAGCCGCGAGGGAGUGACGGUUCAGUGCUGCACUAGUUUUUUUUUUUUUUCACCCGUCACCUCUCUUCUCUUUAUUUCAUUUUAUUGUGUUUAAUUUUAUUUUUUGCUGUGUCGCAAAACAUCCUGGUUGAUCAAAAACCUGCAUCUCUCAAAGACUACGUGAGGCCUCCAUAGUCUUAAUUUCUCUUAAUUUCCCUCAUUGACCCUUUCCUCUCCUGUGAAACUGUGGAUGCGUGACUGCAAUUUUGUCUUUGUAAAUCAGACAAGGGAUGAAUUUUAAAAUCAGAAAUGAACCUUUAUAGAAAGAGAAUUAAUACUUUAAUAAUAUGCUUAUUUUAAAGUUUUUUGCUUUUAGUUUGAGAAGUUUGAAGAAACAUAUUUGCAUUUUUUGAUUUAUUUACCUCCUGUAAGUGUUGGAUGUAUAAAGAAUAAAAAAGGAGUGUGCUGUUUUAGUUUUAACAGAAAACGUUUCAUUUUACAUUCAUAAUAAAAUCCCAAAGGCGCAGACCUAGCAGCCUGAGGAGAGGUAGGUCACUGGAGAUGUCGUCUUGUAGAAUUGUACGUUGUAGCUAAAUGUAUUGUGGGUGUGUAACCAAGCACAGAACCCAUUGAUGUUGAAUGAAAAAUGUUCAUAAGUAAAAUCUAAUUGAAUAGAUUAUGAUAUUAUAUUAUAUAAAUUGAAACAAUAGACUGCAAUAACAUUACAAGAUUAUUACCAGCA